UGUCCCCGGCCGCUCGGCGCUUCCUCCAUGGACGACCAGAGCCUGGCGGAGGAGAAAGGACUGCGCUGUCAGAACCCAGACUGCAUGGACAAGGGGCGCGCAGCCAAGGUAUGCCACCACGCUGAGUGCCAGCAGCUGCACCGCCGGGGACCCCUCAACCUCUGUGAGGCCUGUGACAGCAAGUUCCACAGCGCCAUGCAUUAUGAUGGGCACGUCCGCUUUGACCUGCCCCCACAAGGCUCUGUCCUGGCCCGGAACGUGUCUACCCGGUCAUGCCCCCCACGCACCAGCCCUGCAGUGGACUUGGAGGAGGAAGAGGAAAGCUCUGUGGACGGCAAAGGGGACCGGAAGAGCACAGGCCUGAAACUCUCCAAGAAGGCAAGAAGGAGACACACAGAUGACCCAAGCAAGGAGUGCUUCACCCUGAAAUUUGACCUGAAUGUGGACAUUGAGACAGAGAUCGUUCCAGCCAUGAAGAAGAAGUCGCUGGGGGAGGUGCUGCUGCCGGUGUUUGAAAGGAAGGGCGUAGCCCUGGGUAAAGUGGAUAUCUACCUGGACCAGUCCAACACACCCCUGUCCCUCACCUUUGAGGCCUACCGGUUUGGGGGACACUACCUGCGGGUCAAAGCCAAGCCAGGGGACGAGGGGAAGGUGGAGCAGGGAGUAAAGGACUCCAAGUCCCUGAGUCUGCCAAUCCUGCGGCCAGCUAGGGCCGGGACCCCCUCCUUGGAGCGUGCGGACCCCCAGAGCCGCCGGGAGAGCCUGGACAUCCUGGCCCCUGGGCGCCGCCGAAAGAACAUGUCGGAGUUCCUGGGGGAGACGAGCAUCCCUGGCCAGGAGGCCCCCGCAUCUUCCAGCUGCUCUCUGCCCAGUGGCAGCAGUGGUGGCAGUGACAGCUGGAAGAACCGGGCUGCCAGUCGCUUCAGUGGCUUCUUCAGCUCGGGCCCCAGCACCAGCACCUUUGGCCGGGAGGUGGACAAGAUGGAGCAGCUGGAGGGCAAACUGCACGCGUAUGGCCUCUUCGGGCUGCCCCGGCUGGCCCGGAGGCUGCGCUUCGACCACGACUCAUGGGAGGAAGAGGGGGAUGAGGAGGAAGAGGAGGACGACGCCUGCCUACAGCUGGAGGACAGCUGGCGGGAGCUCAUUGACGGGCAUGAGAAGCUGACGCGGAGGCAGUGCCACCAGCAGGAGGCGGUGUGGGAGCUCCUGCACACGGAGGCCUCCUACAUUAAGAAACUGCGGGUGAUCACCAACCUGUUCCUCUGCUGCCUCCUGAACCUGCAAGAGUCCGGGCUGCUAUGCGAGGUGGAGGCCGAGCGCCUGUUCAGCAACAUCCCCGAGAUCGCGCGGCUGCACCGCGGACUGUGGGCCAGCGUGAUGGCGCCGGUGCUGGAGAAGGCGCGGCGCACGCGGGCGCUGCUGCAGCCCGGGGACUUCCUCAGAGGCUUCAAGAUGUUCGGCUCCCUGUUCAAGCCCUAUGUCCGGUACUGCCUGGAGGAGGAGGGCUGCAUGGAGUACAUGCGCGGCCUGCUGCGCGACAACGACCUCUUCCGGGCCUACGUCACGUGGGCCGAGAAGCACCCGCAGUGCCAGCGGCUGAAGCUGAGCGACAUGCUGGCCAAGCCCCACCAGCGGCUCACCAAGUACCCGCUGCUGCUCAAGUCGGUGCUGAGGAGGACGGACGAGCCGCGCGCCAAGGAGGCCGUCGUCACCAUGAUCGACUCCGCGGAGCGCUUCCUCCACCACGUGAACGCGUGCAUGCGGCAGCGGCAGGAGCGACAGCGGCUGGCGGCCGUGGUGAGCCGCAUCGACGCCUACGAGGUGGUGGAGGGCAGCAACGACGAGGUGGACAAGCUCCUGAAGGAGUUUAUGCACCUAGACCUGACAGCACCCAUCCCUGGCGCCUCCCCUGAGGAGACGCGACAGCUGCUGCUGGAGGGGAGCCUGAGGAUGAAGGAGGGGAAGGACGGCAAGAUGGACGUGUACUGCUUCCUCUUUACGGACCUACUCUUGGUGACCAAGGCAGUGAAGAAGGCUGAGAGGACCAAAGUCGUCCGACCACCACUGCUGGUGGACAAGAUUGUGUGCCGAGAGCUACGAGACCCUGGCUCUUUUCUGCUCAUCUAUCUGAACGAGUUCCACAGUGCCGUGGGCGCCUACACGUUCCAGGCCAACGGCCAGGCUUUGUGCCGCGGCUGGGUGGACGCCAUUUACAAUGCCCAGAACCAGCUGCAGCAGCUGCGUGCCCAGGAGCACCCAGGCAGCCAGCAGCACCUGCAGAGCCUGGAGGAGGAGGAGGAUGAGCAGGAGGAGGAAGACGACGAGGAAGAGGAGGAGGAGGAGGAUGGCGGGGAGAGUAGCACCUCUGCUGCUAGCUCCCCCACCAUCCUGCGCAAAAGCAGCAACAGUCUCAACUCCCAGCGCUGUGCUUCCGAUGGCUCCACCGAGACCCUGGCCAUGGUUGUGGUGGAGCCCGGGGAGACGCCAUCCUCUCCGGAGUUCGAGGGUGGCCCCUUCAGCUCCCAGUCGGACGAGACCUCCCUGAGCACCACGGCCUCCUCUGUCACGCCCACCAGCGAGCUGCUGCCCCUGGGCCCCGUGGAUGGCCGCUCCUGCUCCAUGGACUCCGCCUACGGCACCCUCUCCCCAACCUCCCUGCAAGACUUUGCAGCCCCCGCCCCUGCGGGGGAGCCAGUGCCCCGGCCCCCAGAAUUGCCACAAGCCCCCUCUCCUCCACCCUCACCCCACCUCCGCCGCCGCACACCCGUUCAGCUGCUGCCCCGUCUGCCCCACCUGCUCAAGUCCAAAUCUGAGGCCAGCCUCCUCCAGCUGCUGUCAGGGGCCACCACGUGCGGAGCGCCCCCCACGCCCAGCCGCAGUCUGUCAGAACUCUGCUUGGCCGUCACAGUCCCUGGCACGAGGACUCAGGGUUUCCCUCGGGAAGCUGGGCCCAGCUGGGCUCGCCGGGGGACACAAAACCCUGGCCGUGGCUCUGAGCCAUCAGAGCUGGAGGGCAGAACCAACUGCCUGAUGGGGGAGCCCGAAAGACCCUCCAGGAGGAGCAAAGAACUGCCCAGGGUCCAGUCCGAGCCCCCCACAGGGAUCUCUGCCCAGCACCGGAAGCUGACGCUCGCCCAGCUGUACCGAAUCAGGACCACCCUGCUGCUUAACUCUACGCUUACUGCCUCGGAGGUCUGAGCAGAGGGAGGCCCCCCAGGGAGCCCCUGACCGAGCGACGGCAGACAGCGUGCCUCC